GGCAACAGGCGUGCUGCCUGCUCCGGUCCAGCCUGACCAGUCCACCACCACCGUGGUCGCCAUGCCCACCGCCUGGUGCUCCAUCGUUCUAGCCCUGCUAGUGGUCCUGCACGAAGGCAAGAGCCAGGCCGCUGCCACCCACACCCCAGAGCAGCCAGCGCCCUUGCCCCGUGCCCGAGGCUCCCACCUGCGGCCUCGCCGUUGCUCCUGCAGCUCCUGGCUUGACAAGGAGUGCGUCUACUUUUGCCACCUGGACAUCAUCUGGGUGAACACUCCCGGACAGACAGCUCCUUACGGCCUGGGAAACCCGCCAAGACGCCAGCGCCGCUCUCUGCCAAGGCGCUGUGAAUGCUACAGUGCCAGGGACCCCGCCUGUGCCACCUUCUGCCAUCGAAGGCCCUGGACUGAAGCUGUGGCAGUCCCAGGCAGCGGGUCCUCUGCAGCGGUGUUCCAGGCUGACAAGACAUGGGCCACAGCAGGAGAGCUCCUCCAGCAGCUGAGGGGCAUUUGUGCGGCCCAGAUCCGCUUUGCUAGGCAACAGCAGAAAGCAACAAGGGAUCCCAGGCCUACACACUCCAGGUGGAGGAAGAGAUAG